AUGGAGCAGCUGAAUGCGUUCAAGGAUAAGAUACAAACAUUUUUCGAAGGGGAGGGAGGUGAAGAGUUGUUUGAGGAGGACGAAGAAGAGGAGGAGGAGGACGAAGCGGAAAAGAGAAGGCGGGCGCUGGAAGAGCUGAUUCCACCGUUGCCGGAGGGGGAAUGGGGUGCGAAAGCUGGAAAGUCAGACAAGCAAAGUGUGGACAUGGAAGGGGUGAGCGGGAAGAGUCGAUUGAAGGGCUUCACAAGUUAUGCGGAGUAUGACGGGGUGUGCGAUGUGGACGAGGACGAGGAAGAUGAGAUUUUACGAGCGGGGGACGCGGAGGAGGAUCGGAUGAGGCGUGCGCGGGCGUUAGGGAUUGAGAGGGAAUAUGAAGAGGAGGAGAGGAGGUUUAGGAUGGCCGUUGAGGAUGGCGACGUGGGGGAGGAGUGGGGGGACGGGGAGGACGAAGAGGAAUUUGCGAUUGGGGAGAAAGAAGUGGUUGAGUUUAUGGAAUUCGCAAGGGCGGCGAUGAGGAUGUGA